GGAAGAUGUAUACAUUUCCGCAUUCUUACGUUGUUAGUGUCUUAAGGGAAGUACUUGCAAAUGAAAUGGUUUAAUUUUCUUCUUGGAUUACUUUUGAUAUAUUUUGAUAUCUCUGAUUGUUUUUCAGUGAAUAAUCUAAGCUGCUAUGAGUGUGAGAUAGUAGACAGAGAACGUAAAAUGUCUCUUUGGCCCUGUGAUGAAUCAAAUGGACCUUGGCAGAAACUUGAUGGCUGUAAGGCUUGCAUCAAAAUUGAGGAAGUCCAAAGAAUCGACUUUCGAAAACCUAGAUGGGGACAACAAUACCAUGAAAUAAAAACCGUUUCCAGAUUAUGUCUCAGAAAGUUCGAACCGUCAUUUUCAGACACAUGCUUUCAGACGUACGGAAGUUCGUCAACACAAAAGCGUUGUUACUGUUCCACAGAUUACUGUAAUUAUGAUCCAAAAACUUUAUCAGUAAGCUUCAAAUCAUUGCUUGCUAUAUGUAGUCUUUCUCUUUUAAUUUUACAUGUUCGUUGAUCAUAUUUUGUUACAUACACCGACCCAUUUUUUUACCAGUGUAGUGUAUUAGAUAUGCAUAAAUGCCCAUUAUACCAUCUCAAAUCACAAAGCAAGUGUACAAAUAUUCUCAUACAACAUAUUGUAUACAUUUCUCCCUAACGAUUAUCACACUAUGCAUGGGAUAUAUUGUAGUUUUGGUAUUUCUACUUAUCCUAUAAUUGUAUUUCCUUUUUGAGAAAAACACACGUUUUUCAAAUUAAUCUAACCAUUGGUAUCACACUUUCAUAAUAAUUAGUGUCAAACUAUCUGAAAAUAUAACGUCAGUCAUCUGUAUUGUCUACGAAAUUUGUGUUUUCCCAAUGGAUUAAAAAUGUUAAUUUCUAGCGAAGUCAAAUAAUAGACUCAUUGUUAUCGAAAUGUAAGCUAGUUUGUUUUUCGCAG